GUAUUUUAGGUUGUUUACUGUUUUUUUCUUUGAGCGGCUUCGAAUCAUUUUAGCUAAAAGCAAACAACCUAUAAAACCACUCACAGAACCAGUUUAAACCAAAACUGACUUCAUAGGUAUUUUUUCACCUUUGAGCAUAAUAACCCUAGGAAAGGGGAGUGGUUAUCUCUGAGACAAGUUGCCAGGCGGGAGCAUUGCUCUACUAUUCCACCUCUCACUUCCUGGAGUAAAUGCUUUUCAAAUAUAUGGAGAUCAAAACAGAGCAGCACUCUGAACCUCUGGACCUUUGGCACAUCUCUCCAGAGAACACCACAGCUAAAGAUUUCACUUGCUGCAGCUGAACAUGUUUCUGUGGUCUUGUCUGACACCUUUCCUGCUGAUAACAGUUCAACUAUGCAAAGGAUCCCCAACCCAAAGAUGUGAGGAAUUCACAGAUCUAGACUUAUCUCAUGCCAUCAUCGGCACAAGCCUCAGAAUCAGGCUGCUGCUUUACACUAGGGACAAUGACAGGUGUGGUGUGGUCCUGUCCCACACCAACUUGGCAGAGCAUCCCGAGUUUAACAUGUCCAACCCCACCACCUUCAUCAUCCAUGGCUAUCGGCCCACAGGAUCUCCCCCGUUGUGGUUGAGCAACUUCACAAAGUGGCUGUUGGCCAGGCAAGACAUGAAUGUUGUGGUAGUGGACUGGAACUAUGGAGCUACUAAUGUUAAUUAUUUUAAGGUGGUUGAGAAAACAUACAAAGUGGCAGACAACCUCACAGCUUUCAUUAAAAUGAUGCAGGAGCACGGCACUUCUCUAAGUGCGAUUCACAUGAUUGGAGUAAGUCUUGGAGCCCACAUUUCCGGUUUUGUGGGAGCAAAUCUGAACAGUUCAAUCGGAAGAAUAACAGCUCUUGAUCCUGCCGGACCUACGUUCACUGGCAAACCUCCAGAAAUGCGACUGGACCCGACAGAUGCUCAGUUUGUCGACGCGCUGCACACAGACAUUGAUUUUCUGGGCUUCAGGGCACCAUUGGGCCACAUUGAUUUCUAUGCUAAUGGAGGAACAGACCAGCCUGGAUGUCCGAAGACUGUGCUAUCACGUGGCUACUUCAAAUGUGACCACCAGAGGUCUGUGUUGCUUUUCAUGGACACUAUAAAUGAGGCAUGCCCCAGUCCAGCAUUCCCCUGUUCCUCCUAUGAAGAUUUUCUGGAUGGAAGAUGCAUGAGCUGUGACCGCUUUGGUGAAGCUGGUUGUCCUGUCUUUGGCUACGAUGUUAUACGGUGGAAGGAUGUCCUCAAUCAACUGAGCCAAACAAAGUACUACUUUAACACAAAUUCAGACUCUCCAUAUUGCUUGACAAACUACAGAGUAGAUGUGAUGAUUUGGAAUCAGAAGGCACAGAAGGGAUACAUGGAAAUUAAAAUCAAUGACGGUGUCAAUGAGACAGUGGCAAUCAUUGAACAUAAAGCAAUACAGUUCAUGAAGGACACAGAGAUCACAAUGCUUGCUAUGUUUGAUAGAAACAUUCAGUCAGUGAAAAAUGUCUCUCUCAAAUACUACGCUGGAAUGGGGUGUAAUUCCAAACGCAAGCUUCGGGUCCUGAGAAUCCGUUUCACACCCCUGGAUCUCAAAAAGAAGCCUCUUUGUCGUUACGACAUUCUUCUUGUUAAUAAGAAAGAGUUCACAUUCAGGCCUAUUCCAUGUGAAGAAACCCCGUCCUAAAAUCAGGCUGAACCCUCAAUAAAGAACUUUCAUGAGGAAGA